AUGCCCUCCACAACAAAAAAGAAAACGCAACGAUGGUGUUUCGUGCCAGGGUGCGAUGGAGGCUACAAAGGGUGUGCAGAUAAGGUAUCCCUUUUUCGUGCGCCGAGCAAUCGUGAGAUGUUCGAGAAGUGGGCCCGUGCAAUCCCCAGGGCGGACAAGCCACUCGAAGAAAACUCCGCUGUAUGCGAAAAGCAUUUUGACGAGAGAUUCGUUGUGCGUGCCUUUAAGCACCAAGUAAACGGCCAAGAGGUAUUGAUACCACAUGACAUCCCUACCCUGACGGAAGAUGCAUUUCCGACUGUUUUCCCUAACCUUCCGAAGUACAUCAGCAAGACUCUCCCGAAAGCAAGGAAAAGGCGGAUCACUACAUCACUCCACGCUGUGCCAGCAAAGGCAAACUGCAGUUCACAAAAUGAAGUCUCCCCUAGUGGAUCUGGAGAACUGGAUGGGACUCAAGAACACCAUCAUGAAGAACUCAACGGUUCUGAAGUACCAGCUAAGACCCAUCAAUGUCCUCACCGUGAAACACUUGCAGUGCCUGCAAGGGGAGAUUUUGCUCAUCAUUUGCGCUGCCCAUCUCAUCACUGGUACAAGCAGACACUUGAAAGUGGCAGCGUGGUGUCAUACCAAACUACCGUGUUUGACAAAACGAAAACACCGCCUGUCGAGUUAAGCAAGGUUGUUGUCUUCGAGCACGAGUCAACAAGGCCAUCUGUGAGGUGCAGCAUUUUCUUCUCUGGGCUGCUUCACAAGGUAAAGAAUGUUGAAUCAGAAGAAGCUCAGGAAGCGCUUAACUACACAGAAGACACUUCGCUGUGUGUUGGCAUUGGGGGAACCACCGAGUUCCAGCUAUUGGACCAGAAGUUCAAAGGCAUCGCAUCACGACAGCAGUUGUUCUCGAAACACUGUGACGGAUCAGCACCCACAGGCACAGGUGGAUCACGUUGUUUGUCAUGCAAAUACAGCAGGAACCUUCUAAUGACACGCUUGCGGCGUAUGAAAAAGCAGCCCGCACAUCCAGUCAGCGUUUUGAAACAAAGACUCAGACAGGCUGUGCGAAGGCUAAGACGGAGGAACAAGAAAGUUCUUUCAUUACUUGACCGUCUCAAACUACUUCAGGAAAAGAAUGUCUCCAUCACUGAAGGGGCUCUUGAGGCACAGGUUAGAUUGCGGAAAGUUUAUUGCAUGCUUUCCUUACAAUUUCCACAAACAGGAUUGGUUUGUGUAUAA